AUGAAGACUGCUGCAGCAUUCACUGCCAUCACUGGCCUCCUUUCUGCUUCUGUGGCUGCCACUCCCGCCGUUACCGUUACAACACGAGCUUCCAAAAUCACACCAGUAACCAUCAAGGGAAAUGCUUUCUUCGCAGGCGAUAAGCGUUUCUACAUCCGCGGUGUCGACUACCAGCCAGGUGGAGCCUCCGAUGCUAAGGACCCAAUCGCAGACGCGGCGGGCUGCAAGCGUGAUAUCGCGAAGUUCAAGGAAUUGGGCGUAAACACCAUCCGUGUUUACACGGUCGAUAACACCGCUGAUCACGAAGAGUGCAUGACCGCCCUUGCAGAAGCUGGAAUAUACUUGGCGCUUGACGUCAACACCCCCAAAUACUCGAUCAAUCGUGCCGAGCCCCAAAUGUCCUACAACAAGGUCUAUUUGCAGAGCAUCUUCGCUACCAUUGACAAGUUCCAGAAGUAUGACAACACUCUGCUGUUCUUUUCUGGUAAUGAGGUCAUCAACGAUGACAAGACCACCAACUGCGCUCCUUUCGUCAAGGCUACGACACGUGACAUGAAGUCCUAUAUCAAUAGCCAAGGCUACCGCAAGAUUCCCGUCGGAUACUCCGCCGCUGAUGUCGACUCGAACCGCUUCGAAAUGGCCGAAUAUAUGAACUGUGGCGAGGACUCCGUACGCAGCGAUUUCUUUGGAUUCAACGACUAUUCAUGGUGCGAUCCUUCUGACUUUAAAACGUCUGGUUGGGAUCAGAAGGUCAAGAAGUUCCAGGAUUACGGCAUUGCUCUUUUCUAUAGCCUUUCCGAAUACGGUUGCAAUACCAACAAGCGGGAGUUCAAUGAAGUUAAAUCACUCUACUCCACCGACAUGACUGGCGUCUACUCUGGAGGAAUUGUAUACGAAUACUCCGAGGAAGGUUCCAAGUACGGCCUUGUCAAGAUUGACGGUGACAGUGUUACCGAGAAAGAUGACUUCACGGCUCUCAAGAAGGCAUUUGCUGGAACUCAAUCUCCCAGCGGCGAUGGCGGAUACAAAUCUGAGGGCAAAGCGUCCAAGUGCCCUGCCAAGUCCAAGACAUGGGAUAUCGGUAUGGACGAUGAUAAGCUCCCUGCUUUGCCGGAGGGAGCUCAGGCUUUCAUGGGCAAGGAAGGUGCCGGUAAGGGCCCUGGCCUGACGGGAUCCGGUAGCCAGACUUCGGGUAGCAAGACUACCGACUUGGCUCCCGCUGGUGAAGGAGCAGUGACCUCUGCCGCUUCAGGUGCAGGCAAAUCUUCAACAGGUAGCCCUGGAGCUGCUGCUUCGGUGCAUGUUGGUGACUCGCUCAUGGCUCCCAUGGUUUGCGGGUUGGUCGUGGUGGUCUCUACGCUUUUCGGUGCAUCCUUGAUCUAG